GGAACAGGCAGAGUCUUUGGCUUCUAGCAUCAGUUACAGCAGGAGGAGGAGGACGGCAAGGAAGAAGGAUAACCCGCAGAGCCAGGCACAGAAGAGGACGAGAAGAUGUCGGGCCAGACGCUGACAGAUCGCAUUGCAGCCGCACAGUACAGCGUCACCGGCUCGGCCGUGGCCAGGGCAGUAUGCAAGGCGACCACUCAUGAAGUGAUGGGGCCCAAGAAGAAGCACUUGGACUAUUUAAUCCAGGCUACCAAUGAAACCAACGUGAAUAUUCCUCAAAUGGCUGACACGUUGUUUGAACGAGCAACUAACAGCAGCUGGGUGGUUGUGUUCAAAGCCUUAGUCACAACUCAUCAUUUGAUGGUCCAUGGCAAUGAGAGGUUUAUCCAGUAUUUGGCAUCACGGAAUACACUAUUUAAUCUUAGUAAUUUUUUGGACAAAAGUGGAUCACAUGGUUAUGAUAUGUCCACGUUUAUAAGGCGGUACAGCAGGUAUCUCAACGAAAAAGCUUUCUCCUACAGACAAAUGGCAUUUGACUUCGCAAGAGUAAAGAAAGGAGCUGAAGGAGUCAUGAGGACGAUGGUGCCAGAAAAGUUGCUAAAGGGCAUGCCAAUACUCCAGGGACAGAUAGAUGCUCUCCUUGAGUUUGAUGUUCAUCCAAACGAGCUGACUAAUGGUGUUAUAAAUGCUGCAUUUCUGCUGCUUUUUAAAGAUCUUAUCAAGCUGUUUGCUUGUUAUAAUGAUGGAAUAAUUAAUUUAUUGGAGAAAUUUUUUGAAAUGAAAAAGGGACAAUGCAAAGAUGCUCUAGAAAUUUAUAAACGAUUCCUCACGCGAAUGACAAGAGUUUCAGAGUUCAUGAAAGUUGCAGAGCAAGUUGGCAUUGAUAAAGGAGACAUACCAGAUCUUACACAAGCACCAAGCAGCCUAAUGGAAACCUUGGAACAGCAUCUAAAUACACUGGAAGGGAAGAAACCAGGGAGUAGGUAUGUGUCUUCUCCGCUGGGCAAGUCUUCUCCAGUUACAUCACCUAACACCACCCCAUCAAAAAGUGUAGACACAUCUCCACCUAUUGACCUUUUUGCAACUUCAAGUACUGCUUCUCCAAUAUGCUCUGCUAAACCAUCCAAUGAUCUUCUGGAUCUUCAGCCAGACUUCACCUCUACUGUACAGUCAGCACCAGCUGUUCCUGCAGGAGCCAGCGCAUGGGGAGAUCUGUUAGGCGAGGACUCUCUCUCUGGGCCUUCUACUGCAGCUUCCUCCGAGCCUCUUCAGCUUUCUGAUCCUUUUUGUACUGAGCCCAGUGUUGCCACUACUUCUGUCCUCACUGAAUCCACAGCCUCUUCAGCCCCUGCCACUGCUGCAACUAUUGCCACUACCAGUGCUGAAGUUGAUCUUUUCGGAGAUGCCUUUGCUGCAUCUCCUGGAGAAGCCCCUGCAACACUUGAAGGGGCUGCAGCACCAGCCACCCCUGUCCCUGUUGCAGCAGCCCUUGAUGCAUGCUCUGGAAACGACCCCUUUGCCCCAUCCGAGGGUAGCGCAGAAGGUGCUGCUGAACUGGACCUUUUUGCUUUGAAGCCAACCGAAACCAGUGCUCCUGUAGUUACCCCCACGACUAGUACAGCCGCUACGGCUCUUGCAACUACUCCUUCUCCUCCUCCUCCUGCUACAGCAGUUACUGCUACCACUACUACUACAACUGCUACCACUGCCACAGCUGCCACCACAUCUGCCACCAGCACCACUACUACUACUACUGCUGCUGCUCCUCCUGCUCUAGAUAUCUUUGGUGAUUUAUUUGAUUCUGUUUCGGAGGCGGCUGCUGCACCUAAGCCAGAUGCCACACCUAGCAUAGAUCUGUUUGGCACAGAUGCUUUCUCAUCUCCACCACAUGGGGCUUCUCCUGUGCCUGAGAGUUCCCUUACUGGAGACCUCUUAUCUGUGGACACAUUCGCUUCUCCAUCACCUGCACCCACCGCCUCUCCAGCAAAAGUGGAGUCAUCAGCUGUUCUCGACUUAUUUGGGGAUGCCUUUGGAGUUACUGAACCACAGCCAGCUGCUUUGGCACCUACUACUUCAUCGGCUUCUGCAGACCUGCUGGCUGGAUUUGGAGGCUCCUUUAUUGCUCCAUCCCCAGCACCAAUUACUCCAGCACAGAAUAACCUCAUCCAGCCCAACUUUGAUGCAGCCUUUGGAGCAGGUCAGCCAGCUGCCACAGCCGCCGCUGCCAGCAGUGGAAGUUCCUUCGAUGCCUCAGUUUUUGAUGGUUUAGGAGAUCUUCUCAUGCCAACUAUGACCCCCUCAUCCCAGAUGUCAUCUACACUCACAGCAGCAAACAGUACUGCACAAGGCAAACCCAUGGCCAGUGACCUCGACUCGUCUCUCGCCAGCUUAGUAGGCAAUCUUGGAAUUUCUGGCACCACUGUUAAAAAGGGAGAUCUUCACUGGAGUGGUGGGGAGAAGAAGCUUACAGGCGGUGCUAAUUGGCAGCCAAAGGUUGCUCCAGCAACAUGGGCUUCUGGUGGUGGUCCAUCAAGCGGUCCUAUGCAAGGGUCUGUACCUCCUGUGAGCGGAGUCCCCCCAGCAGCAGGUGCUGCUCCGGGUGCACAGGCAGCAGCAGGGUUUGGUCUUCCUCCAGCUGGAUCAAAUGUCCCUAUGAUGCCCCAACAGCCAAUGAUGUAUGGGCAGUCCAUGAUUCGGCCGGCCUUUGGGGGAAAUACCACUCCGCUCUCUCCAAGUCCAACUCCUGCUUCUCCAAGCCCUAAGAAACCUCCAACAAAAGAUCCAUUAGCAGACCUCAACAUCAAAGACUUCUUAUAAAUCUGUAAGGUAUAAUAU